AUGGCGCCGACAAAACUACAACGGCUAACAGCUGAACUAGAACACUCUCAAGCAGCACUGGUGAAUCUUCGUCGGAACUACACAUCGCAGACCACUUGUCGCGGUGCCUUGUCGAAUGCGACAGACCUAGGAUCGCACAUCCUACUCCUCUUCGUCGGCCCCCAGCAGGAGCUAAUCACCCUCCACUCCGACAUGUUACCAGACAAGACCAAAGCAUAUCUCACAGCUCGCGCAGCCGCUGAACCAUUCCGCCAGCUUCCCAAUGAACUUCCAGAGAUCGUCAACCUCUACCGACUAUUUCUCUACACGGGCACCGUCUUCUCAAUUGCCAAUAGCGACAAGGACGAGAUGGAUGCCGCGGAAUUCAACCACGGCGCUUCCAUGGAUGCGGAGAAGGUGACGCUCAUGGAGUGCUACAUCCUGGGCACACACCUCCACGACGAGCGCUUUCGCAACGCGGCGAUCAACGCGCUCGUCCAGAAAGUCGAAGAGGAGGAGGAAUAUCCUACGGGACUGGCCGCUGAUGUCUACCGCCAUACCAGUCCUGGUGAUAAAUUGCGAAGGCUCAUUGUUGAUUUCCAUGUCUGGAAGGGACAAGGUGAAUGGUUGUGCUUCCCGCACGAAGAUGCUCAUGGACCGGAAGAGUUCCUCGCUGAUGUGGCUGCGGCCACGAAGAGAGCUGGCGCGAUGGUGUACUGGGACCACAUGAAGAGUCCAUGGGAGACGUUUCUUUGCACGCGAUACCACCAGCAUGCUCAUACGCAGGGAUGUGUUAAGGUGAUUGAUCUUUCUGGCGAGGACUAA